AUGUCCAACCAAAGCUCCAUGGCUGAGUUCCUGCUCCUGGGGUUCUCCGACAUCCGGGAACUGCAGAUUCUGCACUUCGUGCUGUUCCUGGUUCUUUACCUGGCCGCCCUGGUGGGGAACCUUCUCAUCAUCUCAGCCAUUGCCAUCAACCGCCAGCUCCACACCCCUAUGUACUUCUUCCUGGGGAACCUGUCCCUCCUUGACCUCGGCUCCAUCUCCGUCACCGUCCCUAAGUCCAUGGCCAACUCCCUCCUGGACAUCCGCUCCAUUUCCUAUGUGGGAUGCGUCGCCCAAGUCUUUCUCUUCGUCUUCUUUGCUGCAGCCAACUUUGGCUUGCUCACCGUCAUGGCCUACGACCGGUACGUGGCCAUCUGCCAACCGCUGCACUACGAGCGCGUGAUGAACCGGACAGCGUGUGUCCGCUUGGCCGCCGGCGCCUGGCUCACUGGUCUGGUCUACUCUGCUCUGCACACCGGGAACACCUUCUGGUUGCCCCUCUGCCAGUCCAACGUCAUUGACCAGUUCUUCUGUGAACUCCCCCAGCUCCUCAAGCUCUUGUGCCCCGGCGCGUACCGCAGCGAAGUUGGCGUGCUGGGCUUUAGCGCCUGCUUGCUAUUAGGCUGCUUCGCUUUCAUCAUCGUGUCGUACGCGCACAUCUUCUCCGCGGUGCUGCGAAUCCCUCCCGGGCAGGGCCGGCACAAGGCCUUCUCCACCUGCCUCCCCCACCUCAUCGUCAUCUCCUUGUUCAUCUGCACUGGCACCUUUGCCCACCUCAAGCCCCGCUCCAGCUCAGCCCCAGGACUGGAUCUGGCGGUGGCUGUGGUCUACGCCGUGGUGCCGCCCAUGAUGAAUCCAGUCAUCUACAGCAUGAGGAACAAGGAGAUCAAAGCGGCAUUGAGAAGGCUAACAACGCUCCUUAAAGAGACCGUUUGUCUCUUCCAGAAGAAUUCCACCUCCCCUCAGGGUCCUCAAGGAAACCUAGAAGAAGCAGUGAAAAUGUCUGUGUCAGGGAAGGAUGACGCUGUCCGGUUCUCCCUGGAGCUGUCAGCGGGCGAGAGGGAAGCCAGUGGGAACAGAAAGGGGCAAGUCCGGAGCUAUCUCCAGAGCCUUGGUAUUGCCUGUAAUGAGGAGACCAUGCCCAAUAUCGCCGUGCUAGGAUCGGGCGGGGGCCUGCGGGCCAUGAUCGCCCUUCUGGGAACCUUGGCGGAGAUGCAGAAACAAGGCCUGCUGGACGCCGUCAUGUACCUGUGCGGGGUGUCGGGAUCCACCUGGUGCAUGUCAACUCUCUACAACGAGAACAACUGGGCAAAGAACAUAGAGGGCUUGGAAAAAGAGCUGUGUGAAAAACUUUCCAAGGAUACCUGUCAUAUUAGGGAAGAGUUUCGUUUGUUGAAACAGGCAGCUGAAGAUGAACUUUUCUCUCUGACCGAUGUGUGGGACACUUUCUUUGUCUAUAGUGUAUUGAAACUGCAUGAUCCGACCAAGUUAUCUCAACACAAUGAUGCCUCCACAAAAGGAACUAACCCUUACCCCAUCUAUGCAGCAGUAGAAUAUAGCAAAUUGAGUAAAGAAGGUAAAACAAGCCCAGGGCCCUGGUUUGAAUACACCCCCCAUGAGUCUGGCCUCUCUGGCCUGGGGGCAUUCGUGAGCACUAAGGCCUUGGGAAGCAAAUUCCAGGGUGGGACUUUGAGAGAACAGAAGGAAGAGAAACCCAUUGGUUACUUGCAAGGUCUCUGGGGAAGUGCCCCUGGCUGCAUGAAGGAAAACAUAAAAUAUUUAAUAGGGCCAUCCGUUGAGUUGGAACAGGUCCCUCAUGGAAGAGCCACCCCACCAUUCUGUAGCAAUGGUCCCAGUUCCUUACCAUUCAUCCCAGUGACCCCGUCUGCUGCCACCAGUCACUGCAUUGGUAGCAGCAUGAUUAUGAGCAUUCAGAGCUGGAAUAUUUCCAUUUCAGUUCCCUCAGAUAUUUUGAAAUCUUGA